AUUCAAGAUGGCAGCGUCUACGAUGAAAGAUGAUGAAAAAGGACGAAUGGCAGUUCGAGGAAAAAUGGCCAAAGAUGAGACCAUGUGUGUUAAAGCUGUUGAGACAAGACUCUGUGAGCAGAUCAGAAUGGCAAGAGUUGUUUAUGAAUGUCCACUUGGUUUGUUUGUGGGACGACCGAAAUGGACCUCCAAGAGUUCACGAAGCACUACGUACGGAUAUACUAGACUUCAUAGAACAAGCUCAGAAGAGAGUGCUCGAUCACCAAGAAGAUUCUGCGCUCCUGAAGGCUUACAUCGCUGAGUGGAAGAAAUUCUUCACUCAGUGCACAUAUCUACCAUUGCCCUUUGGCCAACUGGAGACAACACUCACCAACAAGGCAUCUCCCAGUUCACAAUCGAAGAAAAAUCAAAACGACGAAAGCAUAGUUAGAAAGCUUAUGCUUGACAGUUGGAAUGAGAGUAUCUUCUCUGCAAUCAAGCAAAGAUUGCAAGAUAGUGCAAUGAAAUUAGUGCAUGCUGAAAGGAACGGGGAGGCCUUUGACAGCCAGCUUGUUAUAGGGGUGAGAGAAUCUUACGUGAAUCUUUGUUCAGACCCAGAAGAUAAGCUAAAAAUUUACAAGGAGAACUUUGAGAAAUCGUAUAUGGAUGCAACAGAGGCAUUCUAUAAGGCUAAGGCACCUUUAUACCUUCAAGCUAAUGGAGUUCAGAACUACAUGCGAUGGGCUGACUUGGCACUGAAGGAGGAAGAGCAGAGGGCAAUGAAAUAUUUGGAAACACGACCGGGAUGUACGUCUGUUGCUGCGUUGACAGAGUGUUGUGUCAACGUACUUGUGACAGAAUUCAAAGAGCAGAUCCUAGCAGAGUGUGCAGAGAUGAUUAAAGGGAAUGAAACUGACAGAUUACAGCUAAUGUUUAAGCUAAUGGAUAGGGUACCAGAUGGGAUCGCACCCAUGCUGAAGGACCUCGAAGAACACAUUGUCAGCCAGGGACUGGCUGAUAUGAACUCCGCAGCAGAAUUCAUAACCUCAGAUUCGGAGAAAUAUGUAGAACAGCUACUUGACCUAUUCACAAGGUUUAGUCAAUUGGCGAGUGAUGCUUUUAGCGAUGAUCCCAGGUUUCUUACGUCGAGAGACAAGGCUUACAAGCAUGUUGUGAACGAUAUCAGUGUUUUCAAACUAGAGCUUCCAACAAAGCAAAAAGGGAUACAGAACAAGACGCAGCCAGAGUCUAAGUGUCCGGAGCUUCUUGCCAACUUCUGCGACAUGCUGCUGAGAAAGACGCCUCUCAGUAAGCGACUCACGUCCGACGAGAUCGAGGGCAAGUUAAAAAAUGUGCUACUAGUGCUCAAGUAUGUACAGAAUAAGGACGUCUUCAUGCGGUAUCACAAGGCCCAUCUGACAAGAAGGCUUAUUCUGGAUACGUCAGCCGACAGUGAGAAGGAGGAGAACAUGGUGGAGUGGCUCAGGGAAGUUGGGAUGCCAGCAGAUUUUGUAAAUAAAUUGGCUCGGAUGUUCCAAGAUAUUAAGGUUAGCCAAACUCUGAACCAGGAGUUCAAGGAUGCAUUAUAUCUAAAUAGCAAGGAGAUCAUCGCAGAUUAUGUAAAUAUCAAGAUCUUGAACGCUGGAGCGUGGAUGAGGUCAAGCGAACGAGUGCCAGUCUCGUUGCCACGGGAACUGGAGGACUACAUCCCGGAGGUUGAGGAGUUCUACAAGAGGAAACAUAACGGCCGGAAGCUGCAGUGGCAUCAUGUCAUGUCCAACGGCAUUAUCACAUUCUGCAAUGAAGUAGGCAGAUUUGACCUGGAGGUCACAACCUUUCAGAUGGCUGUAGUUUUCGCGUGGAAUCAGCGGCCAAAGGACAAAAUUACGUUUGAAAACCUGAAACUUGCAACUCAACUACAGGACAUUGAGCUGCGGAGAACGUUAUGGUCAUUAAUAGCCUUCCCGAAGAUAAAGCGGCAAGUAGUCCUUUGUGAGCCCGAAGCGAGAUCUCCAAAAGACUUUACGGAUGCAACUCUUUUCUGGAUCAAUCAAAAGUUUGCGUUAGUAAAGAACGGUAAGAUGCAGCAGCGUGGGAAGAUCAACCUGAUCGGUCGGUUGCAGUUGUCUACGGAGAAGAGCAAAGAGGAAGACAACGAGGGCAUUGUGCAGCUCCGCAUUCUGCGAACUCAGGAGGCGAUCGUUAAGAUAAUGAAGAUGAGGAAGAAGAUUACGAAUGCGCAGCUGCAGAGCGAACUCGUCGAGAUUCUCAAGAACAUGUUCCUUCCCUCCAAGAAGAUGAUCAAGGAGCAGAUUGAGUGGCUCAUCGAGCACAGGUACAUGCAUCGUGAUGAGGACAACAUCAAUAUGUUCAUCUACAUGGCGUAGUCGGUGCCGUCUCGGCUGCGAAGGUAAUGCCCUCCGGUGUAAAAUACUCAACUGCUGCUGCCCAGUGCCUGCCAUGGGUACCAGACACAAGGAGAGAACAUAGAUGGCUACACACACUCUAUCACUAGUCGCUUUUAGACUCUGUUUUAAAGUGACUCCAGGGUGUACAGUAGCUCCAUGCGGUGCGAUAUGGUAUGGCACGGUAUGGUAAGACACAGUAUGGUAUGGUGCGAGACGUUACAGUGCGAUAUGACACGGUAUGGUGCGGUACGAUACUGUACCGUAUGGUAUGUUAUGGUACAGGAUAAUACGAUAUGGUAUGGUACGGAGAUGGCCCAUGGUCUGAUUCUAAACUCCAGUUAAGUUAAAAUCUAGUUUAAAAUUAAAUUUCCAAAUUUCUGCUAAUGGUUGGUGGAUAGCUUUUGGUCUCUUUGCCUUUUAAUUUACUUGUAUUCACUACGAUUGAGCGAGACUGAUAUUUUAUAUCUAGUAUUACUGGCGUUUUUGUUUUAAACCGGUGCAUCAUUGAAACUAGCUAAUUUGAUAUGUCAUUGCAAUUUUGAUAUAAUGAAAAUAUGUGUUUUACUGUGUUGAUGUUUCGCAUUUUGAAGGAAAGAAUGAGUUGUCAGAUACAGACUUACGAUGUCUUGAACUUGCAGCUGUUGCAGUAUAAUUAGAUACACAGUAAAUUAUUUGCAUAAACCUUGCUAUAAACUUAAUCAAAUCGCACUAAACAGUUUAGCCUGCCUAAUUGACUGUGGAUAUCAUCUCGAGAUCACAGUAGCUUAACCAUUCGAUGACUGCUGGAUCACAGAAUCUGUUGUAAUGUUGCGUAACAUGUCUUUCCGUUCAGUGAAGAUGGUGUCAGUUAUUACGCUAACGUGUCAUGCAGGAGUCUUCACAUUUCUUCAUGCGAUACACAGAGUGCCUCACUACCACUGCAUGCUAUUGUCUGUGUACUGGAGGUAAAUUACCUAAAGGUGUAUUGUAACCAUUGAGCAAGGAGUGUCAUUUUUUUAUGGGUAGGAAAUGAGAGCUUUAGACAUGUCCCAUCUAGUAAGUGCUGCGUUGACACGUACUGGACGUGAAUAUGGUGUCUGGCUUUGUGUGUGAAUGUUUCCUUCUAUUUGUUACCAUUGUGAUUGUGUCUCGUUUGUAUGCUUGUGUGCUAGGCAGGUUUUUGGUGGAUGUUUUUGGUGAACAGUUGUGUGUGCACGAAAUGCAAGGAAACAAUUCUUAAUUCGAGAUGGCUUCUUUAAUUGACAUUCUUGCAAUUUCUCUUUAUAUUUUUUCACAUGUCUGCUUUCUGCCAUCACCUGGUCAGUUUUGUAAAUAUUUCUAUCUUAGCACUUGCAUGUUUAACAUGGUGAGCUACACAGCAAGCUGAUUGUCGUAGCUGUUGAAUCGGUAGGCGUUUUGCUUCUACUACGAAUUUACCUUGAACAGUUGAAGCUACACUGCAUCAUAGCAUUAGUUAAUGGGAAGUACUGUUGGCAGCUGCUUAAUUGUAUGUACUGCAUUCCAGCAGGCUCUAGCGAUGGGAUUGUCUCAAGAUACUGUGUCAGAUAUCAUCUACUUUAUCCGAUAAAAUUUAUCGAUUUGAAACUUCCCUUUGAUUUUUGCUCAACGGCUAUGGCAUUUGUGGCUUUAUCUCUAGAUGCUAAGUACACGUACCAUUAAUGGUUUCACCUGUGGUGAGAUGAGUUUGUGUGAAUUUGUCCUACCCACUGUGAACUGUGUAAAGUCAAACGUGUUAGCGGACACCUCCAUAGAACGGAUAGCUGUGUAUAAAGGACACUUUGUGUUUUCUUUGAGUAACAGUUAUGCGGUGAAACCACCGUUAUAGCAUGGAUGUUUGUCUGUUACAGACGGCUUUGAUGUUUCCCUUAAGUGAUCCAUAUAAAUAGGUUUGAAUGUAAAUAUUUGGUGGUUAUCAAAAUCAUUCUGGUUUUUCCCUCGUUCAGAUGACAUUGCCUUCUACGGAAAUGGUCAAGAAAUACCAAUGUUAAAGACAUGCUUUCGUUCACCGGAGUGGUGAACGAAAGCAUGUCGUUAACAUUAGUUUUUCUCCCCUUUCAGGUUCAGUUUAAAACGAGUCUGUUGGUUCCAUUUAAAAAGUUAAUACACAUGGUAGAAGCGAAGGUGUUAUCAUGUGUGUACCAUGGCUGCUUCCAACGUUUUGACUGUGGCAAUAGCUGUAAUUUUACUUGGACUAGGUAGCCAUGGACAGUACACGUAUCAGGAUUGUGUGGUAAGAUUUCGCCUGGCGGUGUUUUUCUUACAAUAUCAAUAACUCGCUGAUGUAAUCAGAUACGAAUCAAUUCGCAGGCUAACCACUCUAAUGUGAAUAGUGACUGUGAGUUAACUGGUUGCAAGUUGUCACAAGGGGGUCCUCUAUCACUUGGGUUUUACCUAAUACAUGUUAAAAGGAAGUCAAGUGUGUCAUGCAGUUAGAUAGAGUCCCGGAUAACAGAGUGAACCGCUUUCUGCCUCACUACGUACAGUCAGCUGAUCUGAACUUCCUGGAAAGCUGAUACAGAAAGGCCAGAUACCGUGCAAAACAGAACAACGUAAGGAUGGAAGUGAACAAAAUGCAGCCAGUUCAUAGCAUCUGGCAAGCACCCAACUUUGAUGUGUGUGCGUGUGCGAAUGCAAGUAGCAAGUCGAUGCCAAUUAUGGAUACAAGUCGGUCGAACAUUACACGAUGUAACACAUAAUGCGUAAUGUAUAUAUACACUAAAAAAUUGUAUAUAGCAAAGAGGAAUUGCGAUUUAGUAAUCGGGAAAACUAACUAUUUAAUAUUUUCCAGUAAAGCGUGUGGUCAAGAUCAGAGUAGAAUCAGUUUGAAGAGAGACGAGAGCUUGUUAGGUAUAUAAUGCGAGUGUACUUAUAUAACAGUAAAGGCAAGUUCUCACUUGUUCAAAUUGGAUAUUUAUCCGGAAGAUAUGCGGCUGCAUAUGUAAUUAUACGGUAGUAGCAUUUGCACACAAACUUUUUCAAGUAGAAUAUAAUCCUGUAAAGAAUGUGAUGUUUAUUCAUAAAAUUUUGCUUGGAGAGUUGUGAUAAUAAUGGUAACCAUUUUUAAUAAAAAUGUUGACACACUAAGGGAA